CCACCACCACCCCCCCCCUUCCAGCGGCUGCCCAGCGCGCAGCUCCCCAGCCCCCUCCCCCUCGGAUGUGGCUGGAGCUUGAGGCGCGCAGGGCCGGAGACGCCGCAGACCGGGGAUCCGGAGCAGCUCGGAGGCGGUGAAGUCGGUGUCUUUCUUUCUCUCUCUCUCUCUACUCGGUUGUGGUGCCUAAAAUACCGCCUGCGCCCCAGGGAUCCCCGCCACCCAGCUCCCCGCUUUCCGCCCUUCCCCACCCGACCCUGAGUGGGGAGCUGGCGGGAAGCAGCGUAAUAGCUCUUCAAGUCUGCAAUAAAAAAUGGCCUCCAAUAAAACUACAUUGCAAAAAAUGGGAAAGAAACAGAAUGGAAAGAGUAAAAAAGUAGAAGAGGCAGAGCCUGAAGAAUUUGUGGUGGAAAAAGUACUGGACCGACGUGUAGUGAAUGGGAAGGUGGAGUAUUUCCUGAAGUGGAAGGGUUUUACAGAUGCUGACAAUACUUGGGAGCCUGAAGAAAAUCUAGAUUGUCCAGAGUUAAUUGAAGCAUUUCUUAACUCUCAAAAAGCUGGUAAAGAAAAAGAUGGUACAAAAAGAAAAUCUUUAUCUGACAGUGAAUCUGAUGAUAGCAAAUCAAAGAAGAAAAGAGAUGCUGCUGAUAAACCAAGAGGCUUUGCCAGAGGUCUUGAUCCUGAACGAAUAAUUGGUGCCACAGACAGCAGUGGAGAGUUAAUGUUUCUCAUGAAAUGGAAAGAUUCAGAUGAGGCAGACUUGGUGCUGGCAAAAGAGGCAAACAUGAAGUGUCCUCAAAUUGUAAUUGCUUUUUAUGAAGAGAGACUAACUUGGCAUUCUUGUCCAGAAGAUGAAGCUCAAUAAUUGUUUGCAUUGCUUUUUAUAUAUAUUUAUAUAUAUAUAUAAAAUCUGGGUCUUUGUUUUUUGAUUUAUUAGUGUGAAGAAAUAACAUUCUAAUGAAAAUCAAGUUUGAUAUGUUUGUUUUGAAGUAGUAUUGGGAGAGUUGUUGGGGUUUUUGCAUCUAUAGCACUGGUUACUUUAAACAAAUAAAAGCUUUCUGUAGUUGCUUCCUUUAUCGGAAAAGAAUAUUUGAGACCAUGAUAUAUUAUCCCCCUGCAUUAGAGAACCUUUUCUAAAUGUUGGGGGAAAUCUUCAUAGUCUUUACUCAGUCAGAAUUUGUGUUUAACUCCUAUAUGCCUAAGGACCAUUCUGGGUUUUUUGUUUAUUUAGGGGUUUUUUUGUGUGUAUACUUAAAAUACGUAAGUGGUUUUUGUUUUUAACAUUCACCAAAACAAAAACAGCAUUUUAUAACCAUGGAUAAGCCCAUGUUUCUGGGAUGCUAUCAUUUUCAGCAUUUUAAGAAAUAAAUCACUUAAACUGAAGUUUUUCCUGAGGCCUUAACCUUCAAAUUUUGUAAUUAACUGGACAAUUUAAAUAUAAUGUAAACAAUUUAAAUUGGACAAUUUAAAAGCAGCCAUAUCAGAAUCCAUAUCCUUCUCUACAGCCAUAUAAACACAAGUAUAUUUGCAAGAUCCCUGAAAGGAAAAUUUUAUCACUACCAACAACCUCCCCACCUAAAUGACAAAACUAGACAAGUCCUUGUGUGUUUUAGUUAGGUAAGCAAUACUUUAGUUAAAUGGACAUGUAAAGGUUCCUUCUAGUGAACCAUUCCUUUUUAAGAAGUUGAAAUUCUCUGUGCUGUAUUGACUAAAAGGUCACGAUUCAUGGACUGUCUACAACUUCCUUCAUGGAAGCUAAUCAUAAUCAGAUGGUUAGAGAUGUUGGCAGUUUAGCACCUGCUGGAGUAAAUGGGUGGACAGGCUUGUAUAAUCCAAAUUCUUCACCUGCAUGUUUUUUCUUUACCCCAGUUCAUUCCUGACAUGUAGGCUCAGUCUUUUCAGUAUUUGAGUUACUGGUUCAGCAGAAACCAGGAAAAACAGUAACUUUGUAGUCAAUGUUAUCCAACUGUAUAUUGUUUACUUUAUUGUAAAUACUGGUAAACAGUGGUCAAUAAAUAGUUUUAUAUUCCUUUA